AGGUUUUUUUAUAAUGUGGUGUUGGUGAGAGGGGAGAGCGAGCGCUGCCUCAGUCGCUCUGUGACAGCUCUCCUGGACACUCGGUGAAGAAGAUCCUGAGCAGGGAGAGCUUUUCUCUCCGUUAUUGUGGGAUUGUUAGCACUCCACCGGCAAAGGAACGACCAUAAUAAACCUCCAAAUGCUUGCCUCGGCGUGGACGUGAAGCAGAGACUAUUAGCAACUGCGGGAAAAUGGGCAAACUUCAGUCAAAACAUGCGUGCAGGCGGAGAGAAAACCCCGAAGGAGACAGCUUUGUGGUGAAUGCCUACCUGAACCGCCGGGGUUUGGAGGAAUUCGAGCGGCAGACAACUGCAAUCAGUGUCCUGGAGCCAGCGAAAUUGCGCGGAUACCGUCCUUUCUCUACGGAGGUAUUGAAUGGAGAACUGAAAGGACAAUUAUUUGAUGACCAGUGCCCCCUGGAGGUGGUGCUCCCACCAGAGAAAGCAGAGCCAUGUGAUGGAUUCACGUCCACCUUCAGCCAAGAUGAUGGAGAAAAAUGUCCUGGUAAAGAGGGCAGUAGAGGGACAGGCAAGAAACGACUGACCUUUGAUGAGCUAGAGUGUGACGUGUCUGUUGAAGAAGAUAACCAUCAGGAAUGGACCUUCACUCUUUAUGAUUUUGACAACUGUGGCAAGGUUACUAAGGAGGAUAUGUCCAGCUUGAUGCACACCAUAUAUGAAGUUGUAGAUGCUUCUGUGAACCAAUCAUCUGCCACCAGCAAGACGCUGAGGGUAAAGUUGACAGUGACCCCUGAGCCUUCGCAUAGGAAGAAAGAUGGCCUCACCAAUGGUCAAGAUCGAGAAAGCAGCCGGGGCAGGAACGAAGGAGAACAUGUGGAGGAAAUGAAGAGCAUGGACAAAAGGCUGUCUGCUCAUCUCAGAAGGUACAACUGUGACCAGCAGCAUUCAAGUGUUCGUGAGCAUUACUGUGUAGAUGAAAACACAGAGAGAAGAAACCAUUACUUGGACUUGGCUGGCAUAGAGAACUACACAUCCAAAUUUGGACCAGGAUCCCCGCCAUUGCAGACCCGGCAAGAGCACCAUGGGAAAAGCACUCAAUCCCAGAACAGGUCACGAUCCCAGGAAUCCGAGGCCCACAGCAACCACCACCGUCGAUCCCAGCUCCUGCUGGACCAGCCCUCUCCUACAAGCAUGGGAGAGCUCCGGUUGGGUGAAGCACACCAGAGGCUGAAAUGCCAAGAGAAGCCAGUGGGCAAGUCCUCCAAAGGAGCUGGCAAAGCUCCCAUUGUGCCAGGUCAGAGCAGCGGUGGAAACAAGAACGCGAAAGGCCUACACUACCACUCGCAGCCCAACCACCCAGGGCACGACCAUCACCACCUUCAGCAGCCGCAACUACACAGCCAUAAAAAGUACAGGCAACGAAUAAAAGAGAACCACUCACCAAUGAAGACAGCCCAUGUUCAGCUGCCGGCACUGGAGCAAGAAUUUGUACGGGAUCUGCCACCAGUUAUGUCAAGUGAUGGCUAUGUCAUGCCCGUGGUUCAAAGACAUGAACACCAUCACCACCAUGAACACCACCAUCACCAUCAUUACCAUCAUUACCACCAAUCAUGAGGAGCUGACUACUACCAGAAAGAAGAAUAAAAGUUCCGUAUUUAGGGCAGGACUUUUCCCGUCUCUGUGAUAACUCUGUUUCCUGCACUGUGUCGAUGGCCAUUUUUCAACUGAAGUUCAGACCUGUGCGAGCAACAGUUGGGAACAAAUAAGCUUCAAAACCCAUGUCAGCUCCAUAAGUUGCAAUUUUUCUCCCGAUAAGUUGUUUAUUUUUUCAGUUUGGAUUGAUAUGUGUGCACGUCUUUUUAGGGUUAAUAAUCACUUUCUUAUCUUCUCACUUCUGUCUGUGGGACUAAGGUGAGAUGUGCGGUUUCUUGGCUACAGUGCAAGACUGCUCACCGCGAAAUGCAGACCUACUUUAUACCUUUUUUAUUAACUAGUGAUCUAAACAAAAAUCUAUGAAAAUUUGAGACACCACUGCCAUUACUCUGCUGCAUAAAAAAUAUGAACAUCAGAAUUUAUUAUGUUUUUUUUAUCAGCUCAAUGGAACUAAUAUUUAUACUGGACUGAACGUGCAUUCUACACAUGUGCUCUGUGGUACUGUGGAUCUGAGCUACUAAGACAAACCAUCUUGAAUAGGAACCCUAAGCUCAUUCCACAAGCCAUCUAAGAGUGGACUUCCUCUGUCAAAACAAGAUUGCCUUUACUGUAGGUACAAUUAUGAAGUGUAUUGUGAUAUGAACUGAUAGCGAGCAGUCUGUCAGCAUGUAUUGUUAACACCAUGAGGAUGAAUGUAACACAUAGUAAUCAUUUUAAAAUAUAAUUUAUUCAUAUAUUGAGAUUUUUAAAAAUUUUUUUACCUAUAUCCUCUUUGCUUUCUGCCAUUCAUGCUGAUGUCAUUGAUAGGUGCCCAUCUUCAUAGGAAAGACAUUUUCAUUAAGGAAGAAAAAAACCCUUGUUUUUCUUAUGUGUACUGUGUCUCUCCACAAUUUUUUCACCCCUGCAACUACUAAUGUUUUUUUUAAACUUAUUAUUAUUAACAAAAACCAUUGGAAAAGUUGUAGUGCCAGAAGACUGGGCUGUGUACUCCAGAAACUGAACAAUACAAAGCAAAACAAUUCCUACAAAGAUAAUUUUGCAUCUUAUACAAAAUGUCAGAAUCCCGCUGUAAACUCAUACAAAACUGCAUUAUGUUGUAUCUUUGCCAGAAGACUUCUGUGCUUUUGCUGACACAGCUCUGGAUCAAAGUUAUUGUCAAUACUUCCUCAGAAUUGAUGCCAGUGUCAAAAGGAAUAUGUUACUGUAUUACUUUUCUUACAUUCCAGUUUUGUGUGGAUUUCCCCCAUAUUAUGUUGACGGUAUUCUCCUAGAUAUGUUAUCAAAAGUAGCCAUACCAUAUUGUAGCGAUAUUUUUGUAAAGAAAAAUGCCUUUCAUAAUAGUUCUACCUUAUUGGAUUUCACUGCGAUUUUUUUAUAUAGUAU